AUGCUCCGCCUCCACAAGUACGUCCUCACCCAACUGCUACCUUCUUCCUCCGCCUCCGCCUCCGCCUCCGCCAUCUCCCCUCUCAGCCGCCUCAUCUCCGCCGCCGCGCCCGCCGUUUCCCCCACCCCUAGCUGCUUCGCCGUGGAGGAGUACCUCGUCGCCACCUGCGGCCUCACCCGACCCCAGGCCGCCAAGGCCUCCGCCAAGCUCUCCCACCUCAAAUCCCCCGCCAAGCCCGACGCCGUCCUCGCCUUCCUCGCCGGCCUCGGCCUCUCCGGCGCCGAUGUCGCCGCCCUCGUCGCCAAGGACCCGGGCUUCCUCUGCGCCAAAGUGGAGAAAACCCUGGCACCCAACGUCGUCGGGCUCACCGACCUCGGACUCUCGCCUUCUGACAUCGCGCGCCUCGUCUCGCUGUCCCGUCACAAAUUCCGCUGCAGAUCCAUUGUCUCCAGGCUGCACUACUACCUCACUCUCUUUGGGUCCUCUGACAACUUCCUGCGGGCCCUCAAGAGGAACUUCUACCUUCUCUCGUCUGACCUCGACGGCGUCGUCAAGCCCAAUGUCGCUUAUCUGCACCAGUGCGGGCUAGGUGCUUGUGAUAUUGCCAGGCUCUGCAUAGCUAGGCCAUCCCUGCUCGGCAUCAGCACGGAACGCAUCCGCACAGCAGUGGCCUGCGUCGAAGGUCUUGGUGUACCCCGUGGAUCUCCGAUGUUCAGACAUGCGCUAAACGCUGUUGCAUUCCUCAGCGAGGAGAAAAUCACCGCCAAUGUAGAGCACUUGAAGAAGAUGUUCAGGUGGUCGGAUGCCGAGGUGGGCAUUGCUUUUUCUAAGGCUCCAACGUUGCUAACGAGGACCAAGGAAUCGCUGCAGCGCAGGUCCGAGUUCCUCAUCUCCGAGGUGGGGUUGGAACCGGCAUACAUUGCUUGUCGUCCGGCAAUACUCACAUACAGCUUGGAGGGCCGGCUCAGACCCCGGUACUACGUUGUCAAAUUUCUCAAGGAAAAUGGAUUGCUAGAUCACGACCGGGACUACUAUGCUGCAGUCAUGAUCAGCAAGAAGGUAUUCGUCGAGAAGUUCAUAUGCCCUCAUAAGGAUGCUGCACCGCACCUCGCUGAUGACUAUGGAGCAGCUUGCAGAGGAGAGGUUCCAGCUAGAUUCAGUUUCACAUGA